AUGGACGUCGCCAGGAAACGUCAAAGAGGGAGCGCGCCAGAAGCGGCAGCUAAAGACGAUGAGGACGACUCGGCCGCGAUCCCCGGACGUGAGGCACGGCACCACGUGCACUGCAGCAAAAGCGCCAUACCUUUCACAUCUACCCCAGAGGAAGCGUCUGAGGAUGACAGCGACUACGCUGUCCUGGUGAAACGGAGCACGGCGCUGUUGGAAAAGCUCGGCCAGCGCAGUGUACUCGACAACUGCGCGAUCCAAGAAACCAGCAGCACGCAAAAGGAGGCAACACAACCAAUGACACUUCCAUGUAGGUUUGAGAAUCACAAGCUCAACUUGUACGGUGUUUCUUGCUCUACCGGCUCUCUUGUUGUACCCUUUGCCACGGCUGAGCGCAUACGGCCCACAGAGCUGGCUCAUCGCUCCACCAAGUGCACACAAACGGAGUCAUCAACCACUCUAGAAGCCCGCAAGAAGCUGCUAGCUACGGAGUUGAGUGAGCUCUACACACUGUUGCAUGUCUUCUUCUCGUGA